AUGGCAGAUAUUUCGGCUUCUCGUUUGUUUUCUUUAACUGUUUCUUCCUUUUACCAUUGGUUCUUCGUAUUGCUCGAGCUGGGAUCGCUCCGGGUUCGAUUUCCAACGUAUCACAUGUCCGCUUCUGGUUCCGAUCUAUGUUGUACAAGAGCUGGUAGCCCCGGAUGGGGCGAUCGUAAGGCUAAAUCCUCCUCAGCUCGAGAGCCCGAUGAGGAACAUGUGGCCACUACUUCUCAAGAAGCCUCUCUGGCACCAAGAAAAAUUAUUCUUGAGUAUGACGUCGUCAUCCAUAUUCAAGAAUCGCCGCCCCGGCUGGUGGCCACUUUAAAUGAGGCUCAAGCUGUUGAAGAAAAACCAAUUGACAUGUCUCGGGCCAUAGAUGAAGCCCUCAACUCAUUCUUUGAGGGUGUGGUUUUUGGCAUGCUAGAGGAUUACUCUGGCUUUGGCCACCGAGAGAUCCCAAAAAGGGUUGUACAAUUGGGGCUAGGUGAGCCGAGUUCAAGCUCAAAGCUCGAGAAGCAGUUUUCCGCCCCGAGUGUAGACCCUAACCGGAAGAAGACAGUCAUGUUCACAGUACCGGCAGAUACUAGCAUGCUAUCCAAGCCAGUCGGAGUGGCCAUCUAUCUCUGUUCCUUAGUAACCGAAGAGGACCAAGUGAAGAUGAACGAGUCUCAGGCCUCGGUGCUUCACUAUGAAAGCUUUCACCGGUCCAGGAUAGAGGUGAGUCACCUUGAGUUCGAGCUCAAAGAGCAGGUCCAGCAAAAGGAGAUGUACAAAUCUCUUGGUGAGCAAAAGGAUGAAGUCCUUAAGCACAUGGUUGACCGCUCCAUCCUCCAAGAUGAGCUGGAAAAAGCCCAAAAGGAGGCUUCGAAGGUGAAACAGGAUCAUGCCCUCCUAGAUGAAAAGGUAAGAGUGCUCGAAAUCUAUAACGAGAGUUUAAAUGCAAAUGUUAACGCCGCAACCUUGCAGGUCCAGGAGAAGAUAACCCUGAUCGACCAGCUUAGGUCUGAAAUGGACGAGGUCAAAGCUUCAGUUGAUGAGUUGAGAGGCAAAAUGGAUCUACUAGCCUCAGAUCGGGACGCCACCAAAGAGGACCCGACAUCAACCAAAGUGCACCUCCGAGUGAUGAGGAAAAAGGCCUACAAAUGGUCUCGGCUGAAUGAGGAGCUCCGGGCACAACUUGCCUCGGCCGUUGUAGAACGAGACACUCUCGGCCAAGAAUAUAUUACGCUGAAGUCCAAAUUGGAGGUGGCUUCGAACGAUGUCUCGGAAGCCCAAAACAUGCUGGCCCAGUACAAUAAUGAUGUAGAGGUAGUCGAAGCCCGUAUAAUAAUAAAGGCUGAAUACGUGAAGUGGUUGUCUCGUAGAGAGACUCUCGAAGAGGCUCGAAGCCGAGGCCAAAGCGAGUUGUACACUCUGCUUGUGGCCAUGGCCUCGUCGUUCGAUGUCGUCGUAGCAUAUCGAAACCUUAAGCUCGGUUCUCCAACUUCUACAGGAAUCAAAGCUUCUGCGUUGUAG